UGCUCUUAACUCUAUUUAAAGAGAACCCACCGACUGGGAAUAGCUCAUUGUCUUCACAUCAUUACACCUGAUCAACUGCUGAAAUUAUCUGUGACUCAAAGAACAGACCACCAAGAUGAUGAUGAAGACUGUAAUCUUUUUGGGAUGCCUCCUGGGCCUGUCAUUGGCUCUUCCUGCUGAUGUGGAUCACUUGAGAGUUGCACGUUCCAGCUCUGACUCCAACUCUAACUCAAACUCCAGGGAGGCUGAUUACUUUCUGCCCUCCCUGCCACAGUUGAAUUCAAAUCAGCUACUUCAACUUCUACUUAAAUGGUUUGCUGCCUCUGCCCCAGCACCAGCCCCUGCCCCAGCCCCUGCCCCAGCUCCUGCACCUUCCCCAGCCCCUUCACCCGCCCCUGCCCCAGCCCCUGCUCCUGCUCCUGCCCCUGCCCCCACCCCUUCCCCAGGCCCUGCUCCUGCUCCAGCCCCAUCCCCUGCUCCUGCCCCAGCCCCUGCUCCAGCCCCAUCCCCUGCUCCUACACCAUCCCCAGCCCCUGCCCCAGGUGGACGUUAAACAGGACAGGAACAAAUUCAUACGCUUAUCAAGAUAACAUCCCUGGUCAUCCCUACUGCCUCUGAUCUGGUGGACUCACAAAACACAAAUGCUUAAUUUAUAAAGAUGUCUGAGUGUUGGAGUGUACCCCUGGCUAUCUGUAAAUAAAGUAAACAAGAAAAUGG